UCCCGGGCCAGGAUGACUGGAGUCUUUGACAGUCUGGUGGCUGAUAUGCACUCGACCCAGAUCACGGCCUCCAGCACGUACCACCAGCACCAGCAGCCCCCCAGCGGCGGCGGCGCUGGCCCCGGCGGCAGCAACGGCAGCAGCCUCCACAAGCCCCAGGAGUCGCCCACACUCCCGGUGUCCACAGCUACCGACAGCAGCUACUACACCAACCAGCAGCACCCGGCGGGCGGCGGCGGAAGUGGGGGCUCGCCCUACGCGCACAUGGGUUCCUACCAGUACCACGCAGGCGGCCUCAACAACGUCCCUUACUCCGCCAAGAGCGGCUACGACCUGGGCUACACCGCCGCCUACACCUCCUACGCACCCUACGGGACCAGUUCUUCCCCGGCCAACAACGAACCUGAGAAAGAGGACCUCGAACCUGAAAUUCGGAUAGUGAAUGGGAAGCCAAAGAAAGUCCGGAAACCCCGCACCAUCUACUCCAGUUUCCAGCUGGCGGCUCUUCAGAGACGUUUCCAAAAGACUCAAUACCUGGCUCUCCCCGAGCGAGCGGAGCUGGCGGCGUCUCUGGGCCUCACCCAGACUCAGGUCAAAAUCUGGUUCCAGAACCGCCGGUCCAAGUUCAAGAAGAUGUGGAAAAGCGGUGAGAUCCCCUCGGAGCAGCACCCUGGGGCCAGCACCUCGCCCCCUUGCGCUUCGCCGCCGGUGUCGGCGCCGGCCUCCUGGGACUUCAGCGCGCCGCAGCGGAUGGGGAGCGGCGGCGGCCCGAACAGCGGCGGCAGCGGCGCGGGCAGCUCGGGCUCCAGCCCGAGCAGCGCGGCCUCGGCUUUCCUGGGCAACUACCCAUGGUACCACCAGGCCUCGGGCCCCACCUCACACCUGCAGGCCGCCACGCCGCUGCUGCACCCGACGCAGACCCCGCAGCCGCACCACCACCACCAUCACCACCACCACCACCACCACGGCGGCGGCGGGGGCGCCCCGGUGAGCGCCGGGACGAUUUUCUAACGCGAGGGGG